AACCUGCGUGGCUUUCCUGAACGCAGAAAGUGUGGAUGAUGGUAGAUAGCAAUGCAGCCAACAGCAGGGUGUCUGCAGCCGAGGCUUAUACCUCCACUGUCGCCGCAUCAAGGGGCGCAAGCUCCGGCGCAUGAUAUCUGGAGUGCACUAAAAAGGCACGGAAGUAUUUGUCCGGCACAAACAAGGUUGUGGGCGGUCGCCUCGAGGUUUCGGUGAGACAAUACUUGUGUUGUUGCUCACUCCCAGCAGGAGAUCGUCGUCUUUGCUUUCUCCCAUUUGUUUCCAAUAUGGCGGCGGCCUCGAUGUCAUCUUCGCCAAUAACCCAGGUGUCACAACACCAAGUACCGAUCCAAUCGAACUUGCAGCCACAGCUGCUCACCAGGCUCCUCCUCGACCUGCGCGGGAAGCGCUUCUCGGUGGACAGAGAGACAAUCAUGAAUCUACCAGAAUCUGUCCUGCUGUGCCUCUUCCCAAAUGGUCUUGUACUUAGCCGACAGAGUUCGGCUUUCUCUGACGGUGGAGAAAACGAGGAGGACGAAGAAGUGUAUGGGGUCGACUUCGACCCGGAUUGUUUCUCAUAUGUGCUGGAAUUCUUUCGGAGUGCCUCAGAGACGUUCUAUGGAACUGCCACAAACCCUGGCUUGUUUGCUGCUCAGCAACAUUUGCUCGACGGUUCACCAUCAGACUUUGGCCCCGCGGCCUCUCAGAAUCCACUUCUAACGAAGCAAGCUAUUAUAGUUCUUCGCGAGGAACUUGAAUAUUUUGCCAUUCCCCCAACGGAUGGCCAGGCAUUGACAGACGAUAAUGGUAUUGCCAACCAGGCUUUGUUAGAAAUCAAGCGCCGAUGCGGGCAGCAUAUAAUCGAGAAGCGCAACAUAUUUACCGCCUUGCAGCGCAACGUUCACAAGGAAAAUAAUGUCGCCGAGCAACAUCUGAUUGACAUGUUGUGCAUGAGUGGAUUCAAUCGGGAUGACGAAUGGGGAUACCGCGCCGUAGAACCUUCACGAUGCUGCAUAUCGUCCAUAGCUCUAGUUCUCCUCAAGACGGGUAUCAUGCACCACCCACCAGGACCAAAUGGUGAAAGGCCAGUGACUAUUGAUUACAACCAGAUGGCGACUGCCCAGAAACUACUGCUAUUCUGGAGAAAACCUGCUCGUAAAUGCUGGUGGGACGGCAUGGAAGUUGACAUCUCCCAGUCUGAGGAGUCCUCUCAGAUAAUAAAACUAUGGGCGAGGAGGGUUUGGACUCUGGAGCUCAGUCUGGUUUGAUUGUAGCUUCAUGUCAUUUCGCGACGUUUACGAUGUACCCAUUCAUGUUGUUCGCACACUUGCCUAUCCUGAAAACCGUUGCCUAAUUAUUUAUUGGGGGUUGGUUCAUAAUGCAUAGGGAUGGCCCCAGGAAACAAUAAACAUGUUCUAACUUUACUCCAUGAUGACAUCACCAUUGGGCCUGUCCAUCUCUACACUCGUUCCCAAAUGACGAGUACAAACUUCAGAUUCUUUUCUGGACUGGGGUUUCCUACGGAUAUUGUUUAUCU